ACACUCCCCACACUCGACUCAUCGUCUCCGUCUCUCACAACCCAAACCAACGAUAACAAUGGAGGAAUUCAAGAAUAGUUACAGGAGCAGGAGAAAGAUAACAAUGGAGGAAAUUGGAGAUUUCAAUCGGCAAGUUUGACACGGUGCUGUUUGUUCUCUUUCAACGCGCCACUAUAACAUCAGCCACGCGCCACCUCCGUUGAAAAUUGCUGCCACUUCUUGUUCCUGUUCGCUCUUUAUUAACUUUUUCUUUUGAUCUGUUCUUCUUUCUUUCUACUCUCUGUCCUGUUGUUAUCCUACUCUUUUCUUGCUUUAUUCGUACUCUCUCUCUCUCUGUAUAUAUCGCCUCUAUGUACAGAUAACUCUACCAUUUUUGCUAUUUCUACCUUCUGCCUGUGUGCCUUCGAGAUCUGGGGAUCAGAGGAGCGACACAGAGGAGGAGGUGGUUGGGGGGAGGGUUUGUUCUUGUAUUUAUGAAUAAGGGGUGUGUGAUGAGAAGAAGAUGGGAGGGGUCACCUCAUCGAUCGCCGCCAAAUUCGCUUUCUUCCCGCCUAAUCCGCCAUCUUACAGAGUUCUAGAGGACGAAUCAUGCGGCGGCCGCCUCUAUAUCCCGGAGGUCUCUCAACGGGACGAUGUUGACGUACUCAAGCUCCGUACACGCCGCGGCUACGAAAUCGUGGCCGUGCACAUCAGGCACCCCAAGGCAUCUGCUACUCUGCUAUAUUCUCAUGGAAAUGCGGCAGAUUUGGGCCAGAUGUUUGAACUCUUCGUUGAAUUGUGUAAUCGUCUCCGCGUUAACCUUAUAGGGUAUGAUUACUCUGGAUAUGGACAAUCUACUGGAAAGCCGACUGAAUGUAAUACAUAUGCAGACAUAGAUGCUGUAUAUAAAUGCCUGAAGGAGCAGUAUGGGGUCAAAGAUGAACAAUUGAUAAUAUAUGGUCAAUCUGUAGGUAGCGGACCCACUCUUGAUCUUGCUUCACGUGUUCCAAACUUGAGAGGCGUGGUCUUACAUAGCCCCAUUUUGUCUGGGAUGCGGGUUUUGUACCCUGUCAAACGGACAUACUGGUUUGACAUUUACAAGAAUAUUGACAAAAUCGGUAUGGUGGACUGUCCUGUUUUAAUAAUUCAUGGAACUGCAGAUGAAGUAGUUGAUUGUUCCCAUGGAAAACAGCUGUGGGAACUCUGCAAAGAGAAGUAUGAACCUUUAUGGGUAAGUGGAGGAGGACAUUGCAAUCUUGAACUUUAUCCAGAAUUCAUCAGACACUUGAAGAAAUUUGUUCUGUCACUAGGCAAAUCAAAAGCAGCCGUAAAUGGUUCCAAAAAAACAGUAGUAGACUCUGACAAUCAAAGCAAAUCUUCCGAGACUGGACCUGCUGAUACUUUUGAAUUGGGUACUGACCUUCCAGAAGUUUCUAGGAACAGUUUAGAUAGUCGACUUGAGAAGUCUAAGAGGUCAAAUAAGCCUGAAAAAUCACGGAUGAGCACUGACCGCGUCGAUAGGUUUAGGAGAAAGAAAGGCCUAGUCUGGUGAUUAUGACAGUGAGGAAGAGAGAGAGAGAGAGAGAGCACGGUAAAAUAAGUUACAUGCAUUUACCCAAUUGCAAAAGUAAAUUAGUUUUCACUUCAGCUUUUAUAAAAUUGUAUCAAAUCCAGCAUAAAUUAUCAGAUCAAGUGUGAGUCUUGUAAUAAAUGUUGCAAUUUUUCUGUAUGUAUGUUGAGAACACAAGUCAGAGUAAGUGAAAUCUUUGAAUCUUAUUUCUUCUGUAAAACCACUUGCCUCGUUGGGAAAAUAUUGUAUCUGUUUCAGUCAUCAGUUCUCUCCCAGCUUUUUGGUUGCUUCCUCGUUGGCUCAGUCAACUGGUUGUUCUCUUGUGCUAUCUUCCUGGUUGAGAAGGCAGAGAUUUUUACCAUCGUACACUUUUCUUUCGGGCAGAAAGAACUGUAAUUACUUCGACGUUUACUGAUAAUGUUGAUGUUUGGCAUUCUUGUCCCAGUCACUGAACAUCUAUUAAUAAUAUUUCACAUUUUUUUUGU